CGCAGAGCCUGGGCCCGGGCCGCAGAUGUGCGGGGAGGCGGCGGGGCGGCAGCGCCGGGGGCGGGAGCGCGGCCGUGCCUGGGGGCGACGCAAUGCGCGGGCCGGGGCGCGUUCCCGCGAAACGCGGGGAUCCAGAGCCCCGGCGAUGCGGGCGCGGGUCCCCGGGAAAAGCUGGGAUCCAGAGCCCCCGCAGGGGAAAGGAGGUGUACUUCAAGAAUCUUUCAAAACAGAAACAAAAGGAAGUCAUGGAGAAGAAUGGAAACAACCACAAACUUCGUGUUUGUGUUGCUACUUGCAACCGUGCUGAUUAUUCAAAAUUAGCUCCCAUUAUGUUUGGUAUUAAGGCAGAACCACAGUUUUUUGAGCUUGAUGUCGUAGUGCUUGGUUCCCACCUGAUUGAUGAUUAUGGUAAUACCUAUCGUAUGAUUGAACAAGAUGACUUUGAUAUUCAUACAAGAUUACACACCAUCGUGAGAGGGGAGGAUGAGGCAGCUAUGGUGGAGUCGGUGGGCCUUGCAUUAGUCAAGUUACCCGAUGUCCUCAACCGCCUGAAACCUGACAUAAUGAUAGUUCAUGGGGACAGAUUCGAUGCUUUGGCCCUGGCCACGUCUGCAGCCCUGAUGAACAUUCGCAUUCUUCACAUUGAAGGUGGGGAAGUCAGCGGGACCAUCGAUGACUCCAUCAGACAUGCCAUAACCAAACUGGCCCAUUACCACGUGUGCUGCACGAGGAGUGCAGAGCAGCACUUGAUAGCCAUGUGUGAAGACCACGACCGCAUCCUCCUAGCAGGCUGUCCCUCAUAUGACAAGCUUCUCUCUGCCAAAAACAAGGACUACAUGAGUAUUAUUAGCAUGUGGCUAGGUGAAGAUGUCAAAACCAGAGAUUAUAUAGUUGCUCUGCAGCAUCCUGUAACCACAGAUAUUAAACAUUCCAUAAAGAUGUUUGAGCUGACACUAGAUGCACUCAUAUCCUUCAACAAGAGAACACUUGUUCUGUUCCCCAAUGUGGAUGCAGGAAGCAAAGAGAUGGUUCGUGUGAUGAGGAAGAAGGGCAUUGAACACCAUCCCAAUUUUCGGGCAGUAAAGCAUGUGCCAUUUGACCAGUUCAUUCAGCUAGUUGCUCACGCUGGUUGUAUGAUCGGUAACAGCAGUUGUGGUGUUAGAGAGGUGGGAGCAUUUGGCACACCUGUCAUCAACCUGGGGACACGUCAGACGGGAAGAGAAACAGGUGAAAAUGUUCUUCAUGUUCGUGAUGCUGACACACAGGAUAAGAUUCUUCACGCUCUACAGCUGCAGUUUGGGAAGCAAUAUCCAUGCUCAAAAAUAUAUGGAGAUGGUAAUGCUGUUCCAAGGAUUUUGAAGUUCCUUAAAUCUAUUGACCUCAAAGAACCAUUGCAAAAGAAAUUCUGUUUUCCUCCUGUCAAAGAUAAUAUCUCUCAAGAUAUUGACCAUAUUCUAGAGACACAGAGUGCUCUGGCAGUGGAUCUAGGAGGAACAAAUCUCCGAGUAGCAAUCGUCAGUAUGAAGGGUGAAAUAGUUAAGAAGUAUACCCAGCUGAACCCUAAAACCUAUGAAGACAGACUAGCAUUAAUUCUAAAGAUGUGUGUAGAGGCUGCAUCAGAGGCAGUAAAUGUAAACUGCAGAAUUUUGGGAGUAGGUAUUUCCACAGGUGGACGGGUAAACCCUCGAGAAGGAAUUGUGCUUCACUCUACAAAACUCAUUCAGGAGUGGAGCUCUGUGGAUCUCAGAACUCCUAUAUCUGAUGCUUUGCACCUGCCAGUCUGGGUGGACAAUGAUGGAAACUGUGCUGCUCUAGCAGAGAGGAAAUUUGGUCAUGGAAAAGGAAUAGAAAAUUUUGUAACACUGAUUACUGGUACAGGAAUUGGAGGGGGAAUCGUUCAUCAACACGAAUUGAUCCAUGGCAGUUCUUUCUGUGCUGCUGAGCUUGGGCACAUUGUCGUGUCCUUAGAUGGACCAGAGUGCCUGUGUGGCAGCCAAGGAUGUAUAGAAGCAUAUGCCUCGGGAAUAGCGUUACAGAGAGAAGCCAAGAAACUGCAUGAUGAUGAUCUGCUUUUAGUAGAAGGAAUGUCAAUGAAGGAGGAAGAGAUUGUUAGUGCUGCACACCUAAUUCAAGCAGCUAAACUUGGGAAUACAAAAGCAGAGAGCAUUCUCAGAACAGCUGGGACCGCAUUGGGCCUUGGCGUUGUGAACAUUCUACACACCGUGAACCCAUCUCUUGUGAUCCUUUCUGGAGUUCUAGCUAACCACUACGUUAAUGCUGUCAAAGAUGUGAUAAAUCGACAGGCGCUGUCUUCUGUUAAAACAGUGGAUGUGGUGGUUUCAAAUCUAGCAGAUCCUGCUCUUCUUGGAGCUGCUAGCCUGGUACUGGAUUAUACUACCCGUAGAAUAUACUAAAAAAUUACAGAAGAAUUAGAGAAUUGGACUAUUCAAGUUCCUAAUGGGUGGAGGGAAUACUUUGCCCCAAACUUUUCUCUGAUGGGAGCAGCUAAUGAAUCAAAGUAGUAUUCUGAGUAGUUAGUGACUACUUUAGCAUUUCCUAAUUGAGGUAUUAUCUUUUUGUAUUUUUCCUAAAUUUCAGCUGACUUCACUGGAAGUAAUGUGCAAUUCUGGUUUUUUAAGCACCUCUGUUGUUAAGCCUAUACAUUACUUUUGAGUGUGGCUGAAUUAUUUAUGAGCAUCUCUUGCUGUAUGGGGAUAACAUGUAUGGUGUGUAAAAUUAUUAUAACUCUUGGGGAUCCAUAUCUCAUUUCCCACUUACGUGAAAUGAGACAUUUACCAGCUUUUCAGUUUCCAGGAUUCCACCCACAAAGUAAAUAUGAUGUAAUCAUCAGUAGCAGGUAGUCAUUUCAGUGGGUGGAAACAAGGCCCUCUAGAAUUAAAAAAAAGGCCACACUUAAAAAUUCCUUUUCAUGAAGGACUUGGUAGAAGCAACCAAGUUUGUUUAUUAAAUCAUCUCUAAAGGCCAGAGUCCCAUUUUAGAAGCUUUGCAUAUGAAGGAGAAAAACUGCAGUUUAAUGAGCUUACAGUCUGCAGAGGAUUCCAAAUAAACUGAUAAGUAGUUGCAGUGAGCAUCUUUGGCCAAUAGUAAAUUGUUUGAAUUUUAAUCUUGGGGGAUUUCUCAAAAGACUUAAUCUACUACUUUAAGUGAGGGGGGUUGCUUAUUCUUUGGUAGCCAGUUAGCUGAAAUUCAGCCACAUGGCACAGCUCAUCAUAGAGAAUCUGCCUUUCAUUGCAGUGACAUCUAUCAGCUAAUUCAGAACGAUAGCUCUGGAGGAACAGUCACAAGACUUUCCUGUCCUGAAUUUAAUGACCUAUUUUGACAUCUUAACUACUGAUACUCUCAGAAGCCCAGUAAUAUGUUAGUACAGGGGCUAUUUCCACACUUGAACUUCUCCUCCAGUCAAAAUGAAACAAUCUUCUGCUAUACAAUGAACUUGGACUGAAUAGCUCACUUGCUAAUUCUGGGAUAUAAUCUAUACAGAUUGUCUUUAUUUCACCCUGUCUUCCACAAGGAAUGCUUACUUAACUCACAUAUUCAGAGCAGAUUUCAGGAACACUGCCAGAUCUCCCUCCUGAUGUCUCCAGAAACAAUCAUGCAGCCUCUAUACCACUGGCAAAUAACUGGUUCUUAUCUGUUUGCCAAGUUAUACUAGGCUUUGUGUAACCAAGGAGUUUUAGUUCCUUUGCCUACAAGUCUUGGUUUACUUGAUGAUUCCUAUUACCUUAAUUACCAGAGCAUUAGCUCUUUGAGCAGUUCAGGGAGAAACUGGGAUUUCUCUGCAGUGACAGUAGCUCAGAUCAGGAGUACUGAGGUUCUGACAGUGAGGAGGCUUGUCAUCUGAUCUUUCCAUCCUCUGCUAUCACAAGGAAUGCCUGGCUGGAAUGCCUGGCUAAAAGUGGGUGGGACCAGGCUUUUGCUUUCCAGACCCUCUGAAGCUCUGUAUAUCUGGUAUCUCAGACUCAAAAUGUUUUCCCCUAGCAGCUGAAGGGAGAGUGCAGGCACAGAAAAAACACAACAGACUAAAACACAGUUGAAAAGUGUGUUAUACCACUUUAACGUCAUGUUAAGGAAACAAUUCUUCAAAUGCUUUUGAAAAUGCUUUUUUUCUGUCAACUGGUCAAGAACUUGCUGUGUAUGUACAAGCAGGUUAUAAAAUCAGAAAUAAUAAAAAAUCAUGCUUAAUAGCAUAA